AAAUCUAGGGUUUGCCUGGUCCUCUCUCUCUCUCUCUCUCUCUCUCUCUCUCUCUCUCUCUCUCUCUCUCUCGUGUUCAUGAUCUGUGGGUUUAUCGAGGGCGAUGCAAAUCCACCGGGGCUUUGAAUAGUUGAAUUUGAAACUCUCCACUCGAAUCUCCAAAUUGUUUGGAGGAAUUUCGUAUCUUUGGAUUGGAGAUAUGAAUCCGCUGACGUUAGUGAAACGGAUUCAGAACAUCAAUUCGAAAGAAGCGGCGUUGGGUAUCUCCGAAGCAGCUUCCUGGCACGCUAAGUACAAAGACUCUGCUUACGUCUUUGUGGGCGGCGUUCCAUUCGAUCUCACUGAAGGCGAUCUUCUUGCAGUUUUUGCACAAUACGGAGAGAUUGUUGAUGUUAAUCUAGUCAGAGAUAAGGGCACUGGUAAAUCAAAAGGUUUUGCUUUCGUUGCAUAUGAGGACCAAAGAAGUACAAAUCUUGCUGUUGACAACCUGAAUGGCGCUCAAGUUCUUGGUCGAACCAUUAGGGUUGAUCACGUUAAUAAAUAUAAAAAGAAAGAGGAAGAAGAUGAAGAGACAGAGCGGCAGAAGAGGGAGGCACGAGGAGUAUGUCGUGCUUUCCAAAAAGGUGAAUGUAAUCGUGGAGCUGGCUGCAAGUUUUCCCAUGAUGAACAAAGAGCUGCGAACACUGGCUGGGGUCCUGAGGAUAACAAGAAUUCAAGAUGGGGUAAUGACAGGUUUGAGGGUCCAACAAAGACUGAAAAACGAUCUGGCCCGCCAAUUGCAGAGAUUUCCGCUCAAGAAGGGCUUAGAUCAAGUGAUAAAGAUGCAAGAAGUUUCAGAAUGAAAGGAAGUGAAAUUGGCAGAGAUAGCUACAACAAGGUGAGAGAUAUAAGAUCACGAGAUGAGGACCGAUCAGAGUGCAAAGAGAAAGAGAGGGGUCACAAGGAAGAUUAUUACAAGCGAGCAGCAGAGAGAAGACCUCCAUGGCAUGAUGCUGAACCAAAUUCAAGAGACGGCCAUGAUAGGAAGGAGGAAAAGCGGUCAAGAAGACAUGAGCCGGACUCUGACAACAAAGAAGACAGAGAUAGGAGGGGUAGGGACAGAAGGUCAGAUCACGAUAGGGAUUCUUCCCCUCAACAUCGUCGUCAAAGGUUGGACGAAGAUGACCGUCACAGAUCACGCAGAUGAGUUUUUUGUUUAUAGGACAAGAGUUCUGUGUUUCCUGAAAUUACUCAUGCUCCGGAAUCAUGUUCAUUUUUCAUUCGAGGGUUAUGAUCCGUUUUGUCCUCCUUAUUUUCCAAAGCGGUUGUAGAUGGAUUCAGGGCUCUUGAAAUCUAUUUGUGGCGGAAAAAAGCACUGGCCAUGUGUGUUGGAGAAGUUAAUUUGCUGCCUGAUUGUAUUGAGAUGGUGAAAUUUUCAAGUUUUGAAGCUUUCAUUUCGAUGUCUGUACAUAUACCCAGAUCUCUUUGCUCGGUUGAUCUCCGAAUACAUAUGGUGCUAUGUACUUCAAUGUGGGGUAGAUUAUCAAUGAGAACUACGAAGUUCCCUUCCAACCGAUCAA